GCCGGGGAGCGGGGUUUCUGCGACGGCAGGCGGCGCUUGUGCUGCCGGAUCCGCGCUGCACGCGGUUCCCUCGAGCGCCGCGCUCGGACGGACGCGGCCGGCCGCGAAGGCGCCCAGACGGCACGCCGGAGACCCAUGCUGCAGUGAGCGCCCUCGGGUCGGCGAGAUGCUGGCGCUGCUGACCGCCGGCGUGGCGCUCGCCGUGGCCGCCGGAGGAGCCCAGGACAGCCCGCUACCCGGCAGUCGCUUCGUGUGCACCGCGUUGCCCCCCGAGGCGGCGCGCGCCGGCUGCCCGCUGCCCGCGAUGCCCAUGCAGGGCGGCGCGCUGAGCCCCGAGGAGGAGCUGCGAGCCGCCGUGCUGCAGCUACGCGAGACCGUCGUGCAGCAGAAGGAGACGCUGGGCGCCCAGCGCGAGGCCAUCCGAGAGCUCACCAGCAAGCUGGCGCGCUGUGAGGGGCUGGCGGGCGGCAAGGCGCGCGGGGCCACGGGCAAAGACACCAUGGGCGACCUGCCGCGGGACCCGGGUCACGUCGUGGAGCAGCUCAGCCGCUCGCUGCAGACCCUCAAGGACCGCUUGGAGAGCCUCGAGCUCCAGCUCCGCACAAAUGUGUCUAAUGCCGGGCUGCCAAGCGACUUUCGAGAGGUGCUCCAGAGGAGGCUGGGGGAGCUGGAGAGGCAGUUGCUACGCAAGGUGGCUGAGCUGGAGGAUGAGAAGUCGCUGCUCCACAAUGAGACCUCAGCUCACCGGCAGAAGACCGAGAGCACGCUGAACGCACUGCUGCAGAGGGUGUCUGAGCUGGAGCGAGGCAACAGUGCAUUCAAGUCACCAGAUGCAUUCAAAGUAUCCCUUCCUCUCCGCACAAACUACCUGUAUGGCAAGAUCAAGAAGACAUUGCCGGAGCUGUACGCCUUCACCAUCUGCCUGUGGCUGCGGUCCAGCGCCUCGCCAGGCAUCGGCACGCCGUUCUCCUAUGCUGUGCCUGGGCAAGCCAAUGAGAUUGUGCUGAUAGAGUGGGGUAAUAAUCCCAUCGAGCUGCUCAUCAACGACAAGGUCGCACAGCUGCCCCUGUUCGUUAGUGAUGGCAAGUGGCAUCACAUCUGCAUCACCUGGACCACUCGAGAUGGCAUGUGGGAAGCAUUCCAGGAUGGGGAGAAGCUCGGCACUGGGGAAAACCUGGCACCCUGGCACCCCAUCAAGCCAGGAGGCGUGCUCAUCCUGGGGCAGGAGCAGGACACUGUUGGGGGCAGAUUUGAUGCCACACAGGCCUUUGUUGGAGAGCUUAGCCAGUUCAACAUAUGGGACCGUGUGCUCCGCGCGCAAGAAAUUAUCAACAUUGCCAACUGCUCCACGAACAUGCCUGGAAACAUCAUCCCAUGGGUGGACAACAAUGUGGAUGUGUUUGGAGGGGCUUCCAAGUGGCCUGUGGAGACGUGCGAGGAGCGUCUCCUGGAUUUGUAGCUACCUUCUCCCUGUCCAGGAGGCCAGGAUCAGGCUGUUCUGGGGAGUUCAAGGCCAUCUAUGCCCCAGGUCAACUAAAACCUCUGGCCUAAACAGGAAAGAGCCUGAGCCUAUUCCCAGGAAGCCUCUAAGGCAGGCUGUGUGGCCACCCUUAUCUUAGGCUCACUUGUCUCUUUUUACGAUUUUGUUGUUUUUUGGGGGGUAGUACCAGAAUCCCUUAGGAAGAGUCCUGAGCCACUUCCCGCCAGGGUUUCUGUUAAAGUACCUGAGCCCUUCCUCUAGCCCCUGUAAAUGCUAGUGCAGCCCAGCCCUGCCUGUCCUUUUGGAUCCUUGGUGUCUCAUGUGUGCUUCAUGUUUGUCCCCUGUGAUGGCUGUGCGGCCAUCCUAUGGGCUGGCCUGUGUUCCUUGUCUGUGUAGCACAUCCCUGCUUUUGACUGAACCCGUUGCAAAGAAGCUGCCCCCACCUGAAAAAGGGUCUCUCCCUUGGUGUCAUGUGCGUUCUGGUCUUUCCCUCUGAGGGAAUUGCAGCUGGUGAAGGGCCAGCUACCCAGACAAUCUCCACCAUCCCCAAAGUGGAGACCCCCCCCCAUUGGAAAGCCUCCCCCAACAGACUUCCCCUCCUCUGUGCCACCUCUCAGACCCAUGCUUCUAAGGAUCAUCGCUGGGUUGGCUUUGAAAAGCUGCUCUUCUCAUCUGGUGCCAAAAGUUCAUUUGCAGCUUCUACAACAUUCCGUGUGGUUUGGGGAUUUAUUUUAUUCCCCACAAAAGAUGAACAGCUAUUAGAAGCCUCCCAUCUUCUUGAUGCUCAGCCCACUGUGAAGAGUGAGCUUGUUUUGUAAGCCACAUUGGUUCCUGGGAGCAUCUGGCUGUCCCCGUCCAGGAUUUCCCCCGGAACUUUGGACAUUUGGGUGUCAUUUGGCUGCUAUUUGCUUAGUGACUCCAGGCUGCGUCAUAUAUCAUAAUUUAUUUUAAAGGGAGAGUGAUUCAGUGGGGAAAUUUAUAGAGCUAUAAAUAUUAUAUAUUUUAUUUUUCAUACAUGUUUGAAGUGAGGAUCCAUGAAUGUUCCAUUUGUAGGACCAGCUUGAUGUGCCCAUCCUGACAUUGUGUGCCACAAGAGCUCUUGUGGUGAUGGAAUUUUGAUUAAAGUGCACCGAAAGAUGC